AUGCCGCCGCCUCACCUCCACCCGAGGUCGCGUAUGACUUCCUCCCUCUUCGCAGCAACUGUCGUGGCCAGCUUCCUUGUCGUCGGCGUUCCUCACAUCCUGCCGUGUCCAGCCCCCCGGGUUGCCUUCGCCGAUGGAGAUAUGUCUGCCGACGGACAGCCCAAGAAGACGCAGACGCAGACGCGUGAAAACACCGAAGGCAAAGACGAAAUCCUGCAGUUUGAGACAGAGCCUGGAUCUGUCAAUGCAGACCGGGCACAAGCUCUGAAGAGAGAGUGCCCAGUGCCCAAGCCCGGGGGUGUGCUCGGCAGCAUGCUCGGCUUCCACAAAGACGAUAAUAACAACAACCCUUCGUCCCCGUCCGACAGGUGA